CAUAAAUCUUAGUUGCCUGGCUUAGUCUUAUUCUUGGUUCACAGAACAUCACACUAUGGCUUUCAAAGCCUUCCUCCUUCUCUUGGUCACCAUUCUCUUUGUUGCCACAAGGGCUUCAUCAUCUCAUGAUCUUCAUGAGGAACUCAAGAUAAAGGCUGCUUAUGUCCAGAGCCAAACACCACCACCUCUGGUGACCAAGCCACCACCUACUUAUGCUCCACCGCCAAAAGUGAUCAAGCCACCCACUCCAGCACCACCUCUGCCCAAGCCACCAGUAGUGAAGCCACCUACUUAUGCUCCUCCACCAAAAGUUAUCAAGGCACCUCCACCAGCACCACCUCUGCCCAAGCCACCAGUGAAGCCUCCCACCUAUGCUCCACCACUUCCCCCAGUCAAAUCAAAAAAGGAUUGCAUUCCACUGUGUGAACAAAGGUGCUCUUUGCAUUCGAGGAAGAGGACGUGCAUGAGGGCUUGCAUGACAUGCUGUGACCGCUGCAAAUGUGUGCCUCCGGGAACUUCCGGCAACCGGGAAAGAUGCGGCAAGUGCUACACUGACAUGACCACCCACGGCAACAGAUCCAAGUGCCCUUAGAGUAGUAGUAAUCCAACUUUUUUCUCUCUUGGAGGGCUUGUAAUGUGUAGUACUGCCUAAGCAACUAUGGAUGUAAUUAAUAAGUGUGUUUGUGAGAGAGAUGCGAAAAAUGUAAUGGUUUUCCAGCUACUUCCCUGCUGCAUCAAUUCAAUGGCCAUUUAGUGUUUUUUCUACAA